CUAUAAAGCACAUAGACGACUGCCAAACACCAUUCUACCAUUGAGGAUGAACACAAUUCUGCCAUAUCUGCUCUUGGUGGCUUCUCUUGUCAUUGUUGAUGGUAGUCACAUUGCGAAAGUCGUAGGAGUGAGAGAUGCAAGUGGCCAAUGUAUUUGUACCAUGCAUCUGGCCAACGUCGUCUUUCCUGCGCCAAGGGUGGAGCAACUGGAGAGUGACUUCUACAACCUGACUAAUCAAUUGCAGGAACAACUGAAUGAGAUUUAUAAUGGCAGAAAUAAUAUGUCUAUUAUUACAACCAACUUAACUGACCUGGCAGCACGCAUAAAGUAUGCAAAGACGUAUGGCACUCACAUUGAUCUGAACUUCGACAAGGUUAUCAAUGACCUUCAAUCAGUGAUAGCAGUGGCACAGGAUAUAAGCAAGAAUGCAACCACAGAUAGCACAAAGAAACUGGUUGACAGCUUGAUUGAACAGAUUAAUAACAUCAACACUGCAGUAACAACCAUGGAAGGUCACGACAAGAACAAUAUAGUUACAAUACAACGUGAGAUCAAUAACCUGCGGAAAAAGCUACAAGAAUGUGAGGAAGCAAUUGCCAGUGGUGCUGGUCUUGCAAAUCUGUCAAUGUCACCACCAGUUGGAGACUGCAACCAUGGCGGGAUACUGAAGGUCAGUGAUCCUGUUUUAGUGAAGCUCAACUGGAAAGGUUCAGAUUUCAAAGCUGGAUCUUGGGGAAAAGAUUUUGCUGUUGGGACGAAAACCCCAGAUCAUUAUUGGGUUUUCCCACUGAACAAAGAUGAACGUACUUUGGAGAGCUAUCGUCUGUACUCUUCAUAUAAGAAAUUAUUAAUUUAUUCUCCAGUCCGGGAGUAUAGCCUUAACAUUAGGAACAAUCCAAACUGUGAAGAUUGUGGCCAAGGUGCUGGGGUGAUCUUCUUCAAUGGUUCCUUUUAUUACAACUGCUUUGACAGCAGGGCCUUGUGCAGGGCUGAUCCAUUCAGCAUGCGAAUUUCACGUGAGAAUAUAGAAGACCAGGAUCCUGCUUCUUUCAAUAACUGGUUUUCCUAUAAGGGAGUCAAAUAUCAGGACAUAGACUUGGCUGGAGAUGAAAAAGGCCUUUGGAUGGUUCAUGGCUCAACACUGUCCAAUGGGAAAUUGGUGAUUAAGAAAGUAGACCCUGAAACCUUGAAGGUGGGAAUACCUUGGAUAACUUCGCAGAGUAAAGAUGCGCUCAGUAAUAGCUUUAUGAUCUGUGGUGUGCUGUAUGCAACCAAGAGAAAGAAUUCAACUCAUGAUGAGAUAAAUUACAUGUAUGACACCAACACAGGUCAGGAAAGCAACAUCAAAAUCUUUAUCGAGAAACCACUUCCUACAGUGCAGAGUUUGAAUUACAAUCCCAAUGAUCGGAAGCUCUACAUGUACAAUGAUGGCUAUCUGGUUUCUUAUAAUAUCACAUUCAUCAACAGCAAAAGUAAGGUAUUGAAAGAUGUAGCUGCAAAUGAACAAGAUCAGGCUUCUGGAGCUGAAGGAGAGCACAGUCUGGUAAAAAGUGGGUCACAGUCUACUACAAGCCAGGAUAAUCCCAGUUCAGAUAGUAUUAGUAACCAGCAGCAAUACCAAGAGAAAACCCCUGUUUCUGUUACAGUUGAAAAACGGGAAACCAUGAGAGAAGGUAGCCAUAUUGUUGCUAGUCAGUGAGAUUAAGGGGUUUCAUAAAGAAAAAUAGAGCAGCGAGUAAUGAUGAUGACGUAAUCGUUAAUGAAACUGAAAAACAUUUUAGUUAAAGUUCAGUAGCUGGGAUUGUGCUGAUGGAAGAUCUUCUGUAGGCAAAACUGGGGAGAACUGAUUCAUCCUGCAGUUUUCCAUAACCCCGAAAGUGGUUUCCAUCUUACUAAUGAUUGUAGUAAAACAAUGCUGGGCACAGGCUUUUGUAAAUAAUGUUUUUGUAAGUAGAUGCCUCUAAAAUGUUCAUAAUGAGCUGUCAAUAAUACACAGGUUCAUUAUAUGUACGCUUCAGAGACUGAAUCUGAUAUCAUGCAUCAGAUAAGAAACUUUGCAAUGAUUUUCACAUUCCCUUCUAGUCGUCUAUGUCUUCUGCACAAGACAGUCACAAAAUGAUUGCAAAUAAAACUGGAGCAAAAGUUGGAGACUUAUUUUUGUUAGGAACUAAUUCACACUGUCAGACUUAUUUCAUUUUAACAAAGGACUUUUUAUUCUAUAAGUUAAUGAUGUAUAAUACAGCAUGUCAAAACCUUUCUUAAAAAUGAAGAGCUACUAUAGUGGUUAAAUCAUUCUGUCAGUUCAAUAAAUCUAUCCCAAACUUU